AUGAUCUGCCGCGUUGGACCAGUCUCUCUAUCCUCGCGUAAAGCGCUGGUCGCUAUAGUUCUCUUUGUCUUUCUCUUCUGGCAUUUAUCAGGCGUCUCCAAGUCAACCCCAAAGCUACAUCUACAAUUCGUGCCAAGCACAUUUGACUGGUCAACCUUGCGCCAAUUUCAUCCUCCAACGUCUAUCAAGCCUCUGCCAACAGAAAAACCUCACAAGCUGCCUCGUGUCCAGGCUGAUUCAAGCAGAUUCCGUCAAACCUCAAGCACGCAGAUCCGCCAAAAGGCUGUUCGCGAUGAAUUUCUUCGCAGUUAUAGGUCGUACAAGAAGUAUGCCUGGAUGAAGGAUGAAUUGACGCCUCUUACUGCCCAAGGCAAAGACACCUUUGGAGGAUGGGCAGCAACGUUGGUGGAUUCUCUGGACACGCUCUGGAUUAUGGGUCUCCACGAAGAGUUCGGCGAGGCUGCCCAAGCGGCUGUGACCCUUGACUGGGGAAAACCUCAUGAAGGUGCUGUCAAUUUAUUCGAAACAACAAUUCGUCACCUCGGUGGUCUUCUUGGUGCCUACGAAUUAAGUCACGAGAAGGUGUUACUUCAGAAAGCUAUUGAGCUGGGAGAAAUGCUUUAUGUUGCGUUUGACACGCCUAACAGGCUGCCUGGCUUCUGGCUCAACUUUGAAGAUGCCAGGAAAGGAAAGCAGAUCGCGGGUGUCCAUGAUCCUUCUGCGUCGCCUAGUUCCUUGGUCAUGGAGUUUACCAAGCUGUCGAUGCUAACAGGCGAUCCCAAAUUUUACGAUGCCACAGAUCGUGUGACGCAAUUUCUUGUCAAGGUCCAGAACAGCACCCUCCUACCGGGCAUGUGGCCUGUUAGCCUCGACUUUCAGAACGAGCAGGCUCAUGAUAACACAUUCUCUCUUGGAGCUCUAGCUGACUCGUUGUAUGAGUAUCUGCCCAAGAUGCACGCACUUCUUGGAGGCGUGGAUGAGAAUUAUCCCAUCAUGUACCGCACCGCUAUGGAUGUGGUGAAGAAGCACUUGCUGUACCGACCUAUGCUGCCAGAUCAAGAUGAUGUCUUGUUCUCUGGCGACGUUCGUGUCAAUGACAAGAUUGAGCUGAGUACCGAGAGCCAGCAUCUUACCUGUUUUACUGGAGGUAUGUUUGCCCUUGGUGGCAAGCUUUUGGGUAUCGAAGAGCAUGUCAAGAUUGGAGAAAGACUUGCCCGCGGUUGCGGCUGGGCAUACAAAGUAUUCCCUACCGGAAUGAUGCCUGAGAUCUUCAACCUCCUGGCCUGUCCGAGUCUAGAACCGUGUGUGUACGAUAAGGAGCGCUGGAACCCUCCAAGGGAUGACAUUCCGUCAGGUUUUCGACAUGCCCGAGACCCGAGAUAUCUCCUCCGUCCAGAAGCUAUCGAGAGCAUCUUUAUCAUGUACCGCAUCACAGCCGAUCCGAUCUGGCAGGAUGUGGCUUGGGACAUGUUCCAGGCGAUUGUUCGUUACACAGCCACUCCACUUGGCAACGCAGCUAUUGAGGAUGUUGUCAAUGUGGAUACGAAGCAAACAGAUUCUAUGGAAAGUUUCUGGUUGUCAGAGACACUCAAGUACUAUUAUCUCAUAUUUUCACCGCCUGACCUCAUCAGCUUGGAUCAAUAUGUUUUAAACACGGAAGCUCAUCCUUUCAGGCGGCCAAGUUAG